CGGCGCGCUGCAUACGACGAAAUAUGUAGGGCAUACCGACAAGUCUUUUUUGCCGUGUAGCUUUUUAAAAUAUUUCUGUCAAUAGCACCGAUCAAUGCUGCGCAGUGAGUUCAAUACUUCCGCUCAGUCCGCAUAUUCAGAUUCACCUGCUGCUUGGUACCGGUACGUUGGUAUAUACAGCGCGUGCAUGGUGUUUCUGUCAUAAUGGGGAAUACUUUGAAAUGUGCAUUUGGACCAACAUUGUAUAGGAUUCAUCAUAAUUUGCCUUUGUCUGAAUUGGGCCGCAAUUAUCUACCAAAUGCUGUGGAAGAAAACACUGACAAAAUUCUGGGAAUUAUUUCUACUGUGAAAAAUGUAUUAUAUUACACAGUUCCAGUAUGGUCUGUUAUGCUUUACAGAAGAGGUUAUUUCACCAUUGCGUAUGGAACCGAUCUUAUGAAGUAUUCAUUAUGGUUUGCUUGUAUAUAUUAUGGACUAUUGUUUAUCAGAGGAUUUGGAAGAUCAAAUAAUCAAGAAUAUGUUGAUUUUCUAUCAGUCUUGGAAAAUUCUAAAGUAUCAGGUGCAGAUCCAACAAAAAAGCGGAUGUAUGAUUUCACAUUCUCACACUGGCCAGUCGAUUUCAGAUGGGAUGAAGGAGUAGAAGUCAAGAAAACACUGGUUACACCUCCAUACCACAUUACUGGUAGACUGAGAAAAAUAUCACAAAACAACAGCAUUGCUAGCCUGCUUAUUAAAGGACUUCCAUGCGAAUUUCUAUCCUAUCUCAUAUCACAUGGGUUUGGUUUAAGUAUGGUGUACCCGGGCUCUACUGCUAUCUUGAAUUCCAUCAUAAGAACAGCUUUGGAUGACGGAAGAAACAAAAUGGUAGAAAAUAGUAAAGGAAAAAGAGCAAAGCUUUUGUCAAGAGAUGGAAAUCACAUCGACACAAUGUUUGUUGAUAGAAGACAAGAGGAAGAUGAUUCACCGAGCGUCAGCACCAGAUUAGGAGAUAUCCUAGUCAUAGGAUGUGAAGGAAACGCUGGAUUUUAUGAAGUUGGAGUUAUGAUCACUCCACUCGAAGUUGGUUAUUCUGUUUUAGGAUGGAACCAUCCAGGAUUUGGUUGUAGUACUGGAUCUCCUUCACCUGCGGCUGAAAUCAAUACCAUUGAUGUUGUAAUGCAAUAUGCAAUUACUAAGUUGGGUUUUCAACCUGAGAAUAUUAUUUUAUUUGGAUGGUCCAUCGGAGCUUUUUCUGCACUUAAUGGGGCUGUUUUGUAUCCUGAAGUCAGAUCUGUAUUCCUAGAUGCAACUUUUGAUGAUAUCGUACCUCUAGCUGUCAAAGCAAUGCCACCAGCAUUUGAAAACAUUGUGAAAAAUACUAUUAGAAGUUACAUUAACCUUCAUCAUUCUGACUUACUACAAAAAUAUAAUGGACCAGUUCAUUUUGUCAGGAGACAAAUGGAUGAAGUCAUGAAUAAAGAGGGUCAAAGAGUGGUGUCUUCAAAUUGUGGGAAUGCACUUUUAUACAAGUUCCUAAAGUAUCGAUUUCCUGUGUUAUUUGGAAAAAAUGAAGAAGAUAACUAUCAAAUUAAAGCAGCACUUGAUAGCUGGUUAGACAGAGAUGAUGAUGUCAUGAGAAUGUCUCUUAUGUCCAGUUAUGAAGUGAUUGACCAAAGAUGUGAAUCUAUGUUGAGAUCCUAUGUUGAAAAACAUUCAUCAGACUAUCCAAUCAUGAUUGGUGAAGAUUUAAGUCUAGAAGCAAAACAAAGGCUUGUUUUGUACUUGGCUGCCAAGCAUAUGAGUCACUUUGAGAGUUCUCACUGUCCACCUUUGCCUGGUGCAAUGUUCAUAAAACCAUGGAAUGUGGUGGAAGACAUUAUUCAAGGAAGUUGUGACUCGAAAGAAAGUUCUGGAUGUGACAGUUCCGAUGAUUUUGAAAUCAUAAAUGGGCAGAAUAAAUUGUGAAAAAUAUGAAGCAUGAUUACAGUUUUCUCCCUACAUAGACUACAUAGGACUUCAAAUCGAUUGGAAAUACUUUAGAAAACCUGUCCCCAUUAAAUAUUAUGGCUGUGGAGGAAUUUAUCUCAUGAAGCCGUAUAAUUUUUUGUGAUUACAGCGAUCGAUAUUUAAGUUCUAUGUAAAUCAGAUAUGUCAUCAUACUGAUAAGCUCUAUAGCAGUGGUUCUCAACCUUUUUUCUUUUGUGGCCAACUAACUUAGUCAUGCAAGAGAAACACAAGACUCUUUUUUUUGC